CAGCCAUGAAAAGGAAAGCGAUGGGCAGAGACAAGAAGAGUAAUCUGAAGAAUCGAAACGGAGGGGAUAAAGAACAGGCAUCUUCACACACAUGGACUUUAUUGCUUGUAUUGCCUUUGAGCAUUUUUGUCAUCUGUAAUACAGGAGUCAAUUACUGUCAGGAAAUUGGGAAAACUAAUGGAUAUAAUUCUUCAACUGUAACAGCAAUUAAAUACGUUGUAAUUUUUGGAUAUUUUAUUGGAAUAAUACCUGCAUUUCUCAAAGAAGCUAUAGGACAGAGGACAGCUCUUCUGAUCGCAUCUGCAUUAGCUCUCAUAUCUUUUGUUGGUUUAGGAUUUGUAGUAGAGAUGAAGAAUCAGUUAGGAGAAAUUUUGAUUUUUGUUUUCUGAUUUACUGCUGCUGUGAGUGGAAGCAUUGUAACUUUUAUAUCAAUUAUCCUAACUGUCUACACUCACAAGAAAUUCCCUGUCUUUUGUAUUGCAAUGUUAUUUUGCUAUUGGAAAAUAGCACCAGAUAUCGAAUUUUCUAUCAAAAACUCUCUCUUUAAAGAAAUCAAAUUGAAACCCUAUUUCAUUGGGAAAGGAAUUUUUCUGGCAAUUCUCUAUGGAAUCACUGCAUUUCAGAUCUAUGAGAUUCCGAGGAGUGUUUGUAUGAGCAUGUUUAAUGACACUGAUACUGCUAAAUAUUGCUUAUAUUAUCUGCUUAUUCAACUGUUAUUUAUUGUGUCCUUUUAUAUCACUUGCAUCACAAAUGAAUAUUUUCUUAUCGGUACAAUACUCUUCAUUGUCACUCUUGUAAUAAACUUUAUGCUCGUGAUUUUAUUCAGGCUGAAAAUUAGAGAAGAUUCAGAAGCAUCUCAAGGGUCCCUCCGUCCCAAAAUAGUUCUUUAUUGGAAAGAUUUUCAUAUGAUUCUUUGCUCUGGUGAAUAUUUGAGUUUAGCUUUUGGCUCUCUUUUGAUACUUGGAUCAACAUAUGCGUUUAAUUCCAAUAUUUUUAAGAUGACGUUUGCCAUUGAGCAGACAGACUCAUCUGAAAAUUUGGCUCAUACCUUCUGGAUCAUAGAUAUCUUAGGAAGAUUUAUUGGAGGAUUGAUAUUUUCUAUUCUUUCAGUAAUUCAAAGACCUACAGAUUGGCUGAGAAAUACUUGAAUGAUAUCAGUAUUGGGAUUUGGAGCUGCCUUCUUAGCCAAUCCGCUGGGAAGCAUAUUCAUGUAUAUUUCCUGUAUUCUAGUUGCUUUAUCUUCAGGAGUCUUAUGGAUUGGUAUUCCAUCUUGUAUUAUUGAAGAGAUAAAGGACAAUUUCUUUGUACUACGACUCGGAUUCAUAUUCUUCCUCAGUUCUAUCGGAAUGGUAAUCUUUGAUGUAUUCUUUUAUUUUAUCUAUGAAUGGCAAGCAAGAAAUGAUAGCGGAAAAUGUAUUGGAGAAAAUUGUACACUUAUCCAACUUAUAGCAUUUACAGUUUCAGCACUUCUCGCUACGGUUCUUUUCAGCUAUGCUCCUCAGAAUAAGCUAACAGGAGAGAAAAGGGGAGUCAAAUGGGACGAAGAGACAGUCAUACAGAAGAACUCUGGAGUCGGAAAGAACGAAAGAAAAAAUAAGUCGAUUGGCAAGAGUAAAUUAGAAAGUAGGUCAAAGUCAAGGAAUUCUGAGGAAUAGUAGAUUUAAUGACAACUCUUUAAUAGCCAUGGAAAGAUUUAAUUUCAAUAUCUG